CCGGUCAUCAGCUCCUCUUUCGAUUCCAGCCAUCUAUCAACUCCUGACCGACCCCUUCCUCUUCCCUCCCACAGUCAACCGAGCUCGUUCAGUAGAUUUCGGCCGAGUUCAUCUGCUUCUCUCCUCUCCCCUCCUAUUGACCCACCUCAAGAGUCAGAACUGAUCCAUCAUAUCGCUCCAUAGAUGCUGGGUCAAUCAGCCGCGUUUGUCUCUAGGUUAUCAUUGCCGCCUCUCCGCUUCAACCACCCUGCCUCGUUGCUAUAUAGCCUCUCCCCAUCUGGAUGGCCCUGAAGUGAUCCGAUCCACGGUUUUGCGGCCGCUAUAAUGUACUGAUUAUUCUAUAAAUUCCACGACUUACCCGAGUAUCUUAAUCCAAGAUGAUGGCAUCAAACAUCCUGUCCCGGUUUCUCCCUCCAAACGGCUCCCCAUCCGUGUAUGAGACGAUCCGACAACACGAUUCCCACUCAGAAUCAUCGGACAUCGAGGAACGCGCGGGCUUGACACUGGAAGAUGACCACCGGGACCAGUUUAGUGACCGUGAACUCGAGGAAGCCCUAGCAGAUGCUGGGAGGGAUGAUUCCCCGGGCCCGAGCGAUCCAUUUCUGCCGCCCCAGAGUCCGCCCCGGAGAAGAGAUGGGGGAGGCAUCCUUCAGAAGGGCUCUCGCCGUCGCAAGCGCAGCCGUUCUCGGGGAAUACACAUAGCCUUGCCUAAUCAUAAACUUGACGAUAGUGACGAUGACGUCCCCGCCUCUCUUCUCGUGGAAGGAGGUCAAGAUGACGACGAUGACCUGAGGUCGAGACUUCCUCCUCCACCGCCAUCCCAUCGCCUCCCCGACCAACCUCCUCGCCCCCGAUCCCCCCCUCGAGGAGAGUGGGCUCGCUGGGAAACGACCCGAGAACAGUUACCUCUUCACGACGCCAAUCGGAGGCGCCCUCGGACGCUGUGGUCGGCUGGGUACCCCAACUUGGCUACAGUUGAUCCGAAGGAGAAAGCAAUGUGGAUGUGGGCCAAUGUUGAUAAUUUGGACAAUUUUUUGAAGGACGUCUAUACAUACUUUCUUGGGAAUGGGAUUUGGUCGAUUUUACUGAACCGGGUCCUGAGCCUUUUGACGUUUGGGUUCGUUGUAGGAUUUAGUAUAUUCCUCACCAACUGCAUCGACUACCACAAUGUACGCGGAAGUAAAACUUUAGACGACAUCCUAAUUCAGAAAUGCACAAAAAAGAUGUCCUUUUCCGCGACCUUCCUGCUGUGGUUACUUUCUCUCUUCUGGAUCGGCAAGGCUUUUCAGUACUUGUUAGAUAUCAGAAGGCUUAAGCAUAUGCACGACUUCUAUUUCUACCUACUUGGAAUAUCUGAUGCCGAGAUCCAGUCGAUAUCCUGGCAGGAGGUUGUCAGUCGACUGAUGACUCUGAGAGAUUCCAACCCCGCGACUGCAGGCGCGGUCUCCGCGAAGCAUCGCAAAUUCAUGGGGAGUCAAUCCAAGCAACGUAUGGAUGCUCACGACAUCGCGAACCGCCUGAUGCGCAAGGAGAACUAUUUGAUUGCCUUGGUGAACAAGGACAUAUUAGAUCUGACUCUUCCGAUACCGUUCCUCAAGAACAGGCAGCUGUUCUCCCGUACACUGGAAUGGAACAUCAACCUCUGCAUUAUGGACUAUGUCUUUAACGAGCAGGGUCAAGUGCGAACGUUGUUUCUGAAGGACACCCACCGACGCGUGUUGAGUGAGGGCCUGCGUCGGCGUUUCAUAUUUGCAGGCAUCAUGAACAUUUUUGUAGCCCCCUUCAUUGUCGUCUAUUUCCUGAUGCACUACUUCUUUCGCUAUUUCAACGAGUUCAAGAAGAACCCGUCUCAAAUCGGAUCUCGACAAUACGCCCCGCUGGCCGAGUGGAAGUUUCGCGAGUUCAACGAAUUAUGGCACCUUUUUGAACGGCGUACUAACAUGUCUUACCCAUUCGCUAGUCGCUAUGUGGACCAGUUUCCAAAAGACAAGACCGUCCAAUUGGCUGGAUUCGUGGCGUUCGUGUCUGGCGCUCUCGCCUCGGUAUUAGCCCUGGCAUCCGUCGUGGACCCGGAGUUAUUCCUAGGGUUCGAGAUCACCCACGAUCGAACAGUGCUGUUCUACUUGGGUGUCUUUGGAUCAGUCUGGGCCGUUGCUCGGGGCCUGGUCCCGGAAGAAACCAAUGUGUUCGAUCCUGAGUAUGCGCUGCUGGAAGUGAUCAAAUUCACUCAUUACUUCCCGAGUCAUUGGAAAGGCCGGUUGCAUAGUGACGACGUCCGCAAAGAUUUUGCUGUGCUGUACCAGAUGAAGGUUGUUAUCUUCCUGGAGGAGAUCCUCAGCAUGCUAUUCACGCCGUUCAUUCUCUGGUUCAGCCUGCCCAAAUGCAGUGAUCGUCUCAUCGACUUCUUCCGGGAAUUCACAGUACACGUCGAUGGGAUGGGCUAUCUUUGCUCCUUUGCUGUAUUCGAUUUCAAGAAAGGCACCAAUGUCAUAUCCCAGGGGGACACUAGUCGACGAGACCCUUCACGGCAAGACCUUCGGGCAGACUACUUCUCGACGAAGGACGGCAAGAUGCUCGCAUCCUACUACGGCAAACGCCAGUUCUACCCACCUCCUACGUUCCCGACCCUCGGGUCCCCGUCUGCCAUUGAGAUGGGCCAUUUUGGUGAUCGACUCGAUCAGACGCUGACACGGCCGGGGCCAGCAGCAGCAGGGCUCAUGGGCCAACAGUCUGCAUUUGGUGCUCCCCGGUUCGGUCCCACCGGCUUGGGCGACCAUGCAUCGCCUGCUCCGUCCAUUCUGCUUGACCCGCACCAUCAGCCGUCCGCAUCAGGGUUCCGUUCAACGCAUCGCGCUAACCCUUACCCACGCUAUCGGGCCACACGACCCCCUCCCACCAUCUCCGACCCUAUCGAGGAUGAAGACUCGCCUGCGGCCAAGGCUCGUACCGCUGCAGCCAAGUCGCCGUCACAAGCCGCAGGUGGGUCGAGCGGGGGCGGCAUCGGCACCAGUGACAGCAACUUGGAGGAGUCGUGGCGGAUGAACCUAGGGGGGGAGGGAGACGAGGACGAGGACGAGGGAGGUGACAAUGCCGACGCACUCGCGGGGGGUGCAGGUGUUUUGGGCCUCAUUCAACAGUUUCAACGAGUGAACCAAGACAAUCGGGGGCGUCCGACGGUUGGUAUAUAGAUAAGCAACUGUGCUCGAACCCGCGAGGAUCCGUUCAUUCAUGCCAGGCGAUGAUAACUGGAGAAUUCUUACCCACGUGAG